AUGACAAGCCUGGAAAUGAAAAACAAUUCAGCAUAUGGUCUCGAUAAGUUGAUCUCACACGAAGUUUUGUUUGAAAAAUAUUUUUCCCUACUUGAUCAUGAAAAAAAAAUCAACGCAAAACUCGCGAUCGUUUGUGAGAUUUCAUUUGUCUGCGAAAAACAGUUAGAACAUGGAAAGAAACUUGAGACUGGAGCAAACAUUGAACAAGACAUGGAGUCAAAUGAUAUAAAUAAUUGCUACGAAAAGAUGUUUGAAAACAAACUUUUUACUGAUUUCGAGAUUAAAUGCAACGAUGAAGAAUCUUUAUACGCCCAUCGAGUGAUACUAGCUGCAAAAUCUCCCGUUUUUAUGGGAAUGAUGACAAAUGAUAUGGAGGAAGCUGCUGAAAACUGUGUGACUUUACAUGAUGUCGAUUCUGUCACCAUGAAAGAACUUUUGAGAUAUAUUUACUGUGAAACUGUCGAAAACAUUGAUGCAUUGGCUCCAAAACUGAUCUACGAAGCUGAGAAAUAUCAUCUUGACAACUUAAAAAUGAUGUGCAAGAAUUCACUCAUUUCAAACCUUUCGGCUGACAACGUUCUGGACAAUUUAAUAAUCGCAAGCAGACUAAGCUGUGUCAAAGAUCUGUUUGAAAAAUGUGUUGAUGUUAUUUUAACGUAUUUGCUUCUGUAUCUUAAUGGUAAUAAUGACUCCUCAAAGUCUUUUGUCAGCUUGUUUUUGUGUUUAUCUAAACCAUCUGAAAUGACAUUUGACAUCAAAUACAAAUUGGGUAUUUCAAGUUCCCAAGUGGAUAAGGAUUUAAUGGGUCCACUAAUUACAAUGACAAGCGAAGAAAUGAAAAACGAUUUAGGAUAUGGUUUCGAUAAGUUGAUCGCACACAAAGUUUUGUUUGAAAAAUAUUUUUCCCCACUUGAUCAUGAAAAAGAAAUCAACGCAAAACUCGCAAUCGUUUGUGAGAUUUCGUUGGUCUGCGAAAAACAGUUAGAACAUGGAAAGAAACUUGAGACUGGAGCAAACAUUGAACAAGACAUGGAGUCAAAUGAUAUAAAUAAUUGCUACGAAAAGAUGUUUGAAAACAAACUUUUUACUGAUUUCGAGAUUAAAUGCAACGAUGAAGAAUCUUUAUACGCCCAUCGAGUGAUACUAGCUGCAAAAUCUCCCGUUUUUAUGGGAAUGAUGACAAAUGAUAUGGAGGAAGCUGCUGAAAACUGUGUGACUUUACAUGAUGUCGAUUCUGUCACCAUGAAAGAACUUUUGAGAUAUAUUUACUGUGAAACUGUCGAAAGCAUUGAUGCAUUGGCUCCAAAAUUGAUCUACGAAGCUGAAAAAUAUCAUCUUGACAACUUAAAAAUGAUGUGCAAGAAUUCACUCAUUUCAAAUCUUUCGAUCGACAACGUUUUGGACAAUUUAAUAAUCGCAAGCAGACUAAGCUGUGUCAAAGAUCUGUUUGAAAAAUGUGUUGAUGUUAUUUUAACGAAUUUCCAAUUCUCUGCACCUUGGAAACUAUUCAAGAAACUUCCACCUGAUGUUUGUUAUAAAUAUUGUCACGAACUGAUGCAGCGUUUGAAUACCAUUCACAUUUAG